AUGAACCAGUGCAAAGAGGCUUUCAAGAGCUUCAAAGUCUUCCUCACGACUCCGCCAAUCUUCCAGAGACCGGAUCACCACGCCGACCUCCUCGUCUACCUGGCCGUGGCAGAAGGCGCAAUCAACGCAGUUAUAGUACAAGAGCACCAUAAAGUGCAGACGCCGAUCUACUUUAUCAGCCGAGUUCUCCAAGACACGGAGAAACGGUAUCAGAUGAUUGAGAAGCUCGCACUAGCACUUGUCAUCGCAGCUUGGUGUCUCCGACCUUACUUUCAAAGCCACCAAGUGGUCGUAAAAACCGACUACCCAAUCAAACAAAUCCUGAGGAAGCGGGAGCUCGCCAUACGGAUGAUAGCAUGGUCGGUAGAACUAUCCGAGUUCGGCAUCAAGUAUGAAAGCCGCGACCCCCUGAAAGCCCAAUGCCUGGCAGAUUUUGUGGCCGAACUAACUUCAACCUCGGCUGGCGAACAACAGGUAUGGAUUUUACAUGUUGAUGGAUCCUCCAACUCUAAGGGCGGUGGUGCAGGUAUCAUUUUGGAAGGACCAAAUCAGGUCACCUUGGAGCAAUCUCUCAAGUUUGGCUUCAAAGUGACAAACAACCAGGCGGAAUACGAAGCGCUUCUCGCACGGCUAAGGUUGGCUCACGAUGUCGGAGCGCGGAAAAUCUCUUCCUUCGACGAGUUCACCAUACAUCAUAUACCCCGAGAACAAAAUGCCAGAGCUGACCUCCUGUCGAAGCUCACCAGUACGAAACGCCCUGGGCAACAUCGAACCAUCAUCCAAGAGACCCUGCAUUCACCUAGCUUGGACGACAAGGUCGUCAACACCAGUGAUAGCGGAGACCAAGGAUGGAUGACAAGUAUUUGGAAUUACUUAAAGGAGGGAACUUUGCCUGAGGAUAAAGAUGAAGCUCGGAAGAUGAGAGUAAGGUUAGCUAAGUUCGUCAUUGUUAGAGAUGAACUGUUCAAAUGCGGCAUCUCUGCCCCAUUAAUCAAGUGCCUGACCGAGCCUCAAGCUACGUAUGUCAUCGAGGAGAUACAUCGAGGAAUAUGCAGUAUGCACUUCGGAGCACGCUCAAUGGCGACCAGGGUACUCCGAGCCGGCUACUACUAG